AUGUCCCGCGCGCCGCCGACCAUCCACGCCUCCUCAUCAGCCGCCUCCAUCGCAGCGACAUGCGAAGCGCACGCCCUCACGCCGGAGCAGUUCGCCGCGCUGCGCUCCCAGGCGUCCGCCGCCAAGGCCGCGGCCUACUGCCCCUACAGCAAGUUCCGGGUGGGCGCGGCGGUCCUGGGCGACGACGGCUCCGUCACCACGGGGGCCAACGUCGAGAACGCCUCGUACCCCGUGGGCACGUGUGCCGAGCGCGUGGCCCUCGGCAAGGCCGUCACCGACCGCGGCCUGAGGGCCUUCAAGGCCGUGGCUGUGGCGACGGACGUCGCUCCGCCCGCGAGCCCUUGCGGCAUGUGUAGGCAGUUUAUUCGCGAGUUUUGCAGGCUGGACAUGCCCGUCAUCAUGUUUGACAAGGAUGAGAAUUAUGUGGUUCUUACGCUGGAAGAGUUGCUGCCCUUGUCUUUUGGGCCCGAGAAGCUGGGAAUGUGA